AUGGUCGAACAGCGAAACAUCCAACAAGAAUUGCACGUAAUGGACGACAAAACUCUUGAUAAAUGUCUUUGUCAAUUUUACGCCGAAGUAAAAAAACAGGAAGUUGAAGACUACAGUAAAUCAACUUUAAAACACGGACUAGAGCGAUAUCUGAACUGUCCACCGUACAACAGAGGUUUCAGCAUGUCGUCCAACCCAGCAUUUAAAAUGUCAAACUCCGUGCUGAACGCCAAGAUAGUAUUCUUGAAGAAACAGGGAAAGGCGAAUAUUGUACACAAGCCCGUCUUGGAAGCUAAAGACCUCACAAAGCUAAAAAACAGCGACAUAUUGAAUGUGUCCACUCACCUUGGUCUUCUUAGAAACGUAUGGUUUCAUGUGUCUUCGUUUUGGUGUCGCAGUGGACGAGAAAGACAACGAAAGCUGACGAAGGACAGCUUUGUUUUUACCGAAGAUGCAAACGGGGGAGCAUUUGUUACUAUGGCUCACAGUGAAGGCUCAGAAAAUCAUCCUGGCGGUAUUCACGAUAACGAAAGCUUUGAAAAUUUGGGAAGGAUGUACAAGACCGAUGCAGAAAACGACGGCGUCUCAGCUCUGCAGCUAUUCAUUACCAAAUUGCAUCCUUCCUGCGAAGCAUUCUUUCAAUAUCCCAAGCGAAAGUGGAGUCCGGCUGACAGUGCUUGGUACGAGAACAAACCUCUUGGUGUAAACACGCUUGGUAAUAUGAUGAAAACUAUCAGCGAAGCAGCAUCUCUGUCGACAGUUUACACUAACCACUCCGUGAGAGAGACGUCUAUAAUAAUGUGGUCCAACGCCGGCUUAACAAAUCGCCAUAUAAUGGCAAUUUCAGAGCAUCGCAGCGAACAGUCUCUUGUCCACUACAAUCAGCGACCAUCGUCAGAUCAGUUGAAGCGUUCAAGCGAAGUUAUUUCCGGAGCUCUUGGCGACAAUACGGGGCAUAAUAAACCACUUAGGAAGAAACCUGCAGUCGGAAUAGUCUCACAAACCACCGUGACAAAAGCGACAACAAUUGCUUCUUCUGACCUUGGUUCUUCGUCACCUAGCGUCUCGUUGCAAGGAUUGCCUGAUUUCGGCGGAUGUUUAUCAACUGCUUAA